AGUGUAAAAAAUUUUGCGUUUUUAAUAACAUAGUAAAAUUAAAGUUAUUUUAUGUAAUGUUAUGUGAUUUUGUAAUAAACUCAACUGAUUCUAGUUUCUAAACUAAUUUGUGAUCGACUGUUAGAAUAAUGGGCGCUGACACAAACACAGAAGGCACAGAUAAUGUAACAGUGGCGACGAGACAGCGAGAUCACGCCUCUCACUCUGUGGUCGGUGGGGCGCAUGCCUUCAUACUCAGGAUAUCAAGUUUUUUCGGACUGGCUCCUCUGAGGUUUGAGAACUGCAACACAGGCUUUACGGUGUCUAUAUCAAACCCUAUGUGUAUAUACAGUUAUAUACUGGUCACUGUACUGGUCAUAACGACGAUAUUCGGCCACGUGUCAGAAAUCAACGUUGGCGUCAAGUUGUCCGUCAGGAUGUCAUCGCCAAUGUCCCAGGUGGUGUCGACCUGUGACGUCAUGAUCGUGGUGAUGACGGCCAGUGCCGGGGUGUACGGAGCCCCGAGGAGAAUGAGGAAUAUGCUUAAAUUUAUGGACAGCGUGGCUUCGGUCGACAAUAGUAUAGGUGGAAAAUACUCAGUGGCAACGGAACGCAAGCUCUGCGCAAUCCUGAUGUCGAUUCUCAUAUUCUUCACCAUCCUGAUUGUGGAUGACGUUUGUUUUUACGCGAUCCAAGCUAAGAAGGUGGACAGACAGUGGUCCGUGAUCAUCAACUACAGCACUUACUACCUGCUGUGGUACGUGGUGAUGUUCCUGGAGCUACAGUUUGCCUUCACAGCCUUGUCCAUACGGGCGAGGUUUCAAGCUGUCAACGACGCACUCGCUAUUACUGCUAAGAAUAUAUCUGUGCCAUUGGAGAAACCCAAAAAUACCCCGACUGAGCUGAACAUCUACGCUAUCCGCGUAGCACCAGCCGACUCCCGCGCCAGCGUCAGCUUGCUCAUGGAAAGUCUUCCAGAGAGAGAUGCUGUCAUCAUAAAGAAAGCAGUCAACGGUGAGCCCCGUCUCCUAAUGUCUCCAAGCGAUGCCGUCCACCGGCUGUCUUUACUCCACGGAUCUCUUUGCGAUGUGGUGCAUUGUAUCGAUGAGAAUUACGGAAUACCACUCGUAGUCGUGUUAAUAUCUACGUUGCUGCACCUCAUUGUCACACCUUACUUCCUCAUCAUGGAGAUUAUUGUUUCCACGCACAGGCUACACUUCCUGGUGCUGCAGUUUCUGUGGUGUGUGACGCACAUGAUGAGGCUCAUCGUUGUCGUGGAACCCUGUCAUUACACUAUUUAUGAGGGCCGAAGAACAGAAAACCUGGUCUGCCGCCUGCUGAUGGCUUCCCCCCUGACCAGCUCGUUACCUUCAAGAUUAGAGCUGUUCUCUCGACAGCUGAUGCUGCAGACCACAUGUUAUGCUCCCAUGGGCAUGUGCACUUUGGACAGACCUCUGAUUGCUUCGAUAUUAGGAGCAGUGACUACGUACUUAGUAAUACUUAUACAGUUCCAAAGAUACGACACUUAA